CCAUUGGUCCGUGCAUUGAUUUCCCCACAAUGUCACUAAAAGGGCUCCAUCACAGCUAAACAAAACUACCUACGUACCUAGGUAGGUAGGGUAGGUAGCUAAUAGUAUAUCAUUCAAGUUCAUCGUCGCGGAACCAUUGAAUUUACAGACAGAUGUACAAACAAACGAAUUCAGCCAGAGAUUCAAGAUGACAUCAGCAGAUGAAGAAAAUUCCUACAUCGAUUACGAAACUUUUCUCUCUCCGACAUUCUCUCCUUCAUCAUUCGCAAAUUCCCUUGUUCUGGGGACAAAUAACCCUACUGAUACCCCCCUCGACCUCUCGACACCCCUCUCGCGCGUUUUAUUCGAUGCGCAAGAAAUAAACACACACAUAGAUAGUCUUACAACCAAAAACGCUCUACCUCUCCUAUCACAUACCCAAGAUCAGACUGAAUCGAGCCAAAGGAUAGUACAAGAAAUAGAUUCGCAGGUCGCAAGUCUCAAUGAUGGAUACAAACGGCUCGAAAAGGAAGUUCUAGUACGAUAUGAAACUGCGGAGGAGGUCCAAACUGUUGCUAGCAGGCUAUGGGAGACCGUGAGACUGGGGCGAGUGGUAGCACGAUGUUUACAAUUGGGAAGACAACUUGAGAUUCAACUCUCUGAAAUUGGAAAUACGGGUGCGCCUGUUAAAGUUCCAGGAGCGAAGGAGGAUCAUAAAGCAUUGGUACGAUGUUCGAAUACAUUAUUGAAUAUACGAGAGCUUUUUCAGAAAAGUGGCCCAGGGGAAGAGGGCCAUGGAUUAGAGAGAAUAGAGGUUGUGCGGACACUUCAAACAUCUAUAAUUAAUCCUGCAGAGCGGGUCGUGCUUUCCAGAUCACAGCAACUCAUUCGCGAAUUCUCGAUGAGCAAUUUGUCAUCAAACAGCAAUACGUCAACAUAUGCGCAGACAAGGGAUAUGAAAGAGCGCACAGAUUCGGCUCUGAAAACUUUAUAUCUUCUAUCCUCUACAACUGGGCUUGGUAGUGGGGGUGCAAAGAAAAUAAAAUGGGAACCUGAUCUCCUCGUUCAGUCGCUCCAGGAUUACUUACGCACUGCUCUUACUAGCUCAUUGGCAUCUCUUUCCCGCGCCCUGGCUACACUUCCCACACUCGAUCGAACUCUUCUCGAAGUGUCUGCUCGAUGUCAAAAUGUUUUGGCUUUAGAAUCACUACUUUCAUCUAUGCAACCUCCGCAACAUCCAAAUCUACCAUCUGAGGAUAUGGCGCCUGUCAAUUUCCUUCAACCUCUUCUUACGUCCUUAGAAACAGGUUCAUUACCAAGUUAUUUCUGGAGGACUUUAGCAGGGGGGUUGACUACAAAAGUACAAGAAAUUAUCAAUAAGGGUGGUGUUAGCGCUAGGACGCUAAGGAGUAAUCGUAAUAGUGUCAGAGAUGCGAUCCGUGAAUGCGUUGUGAAGGGUAGCAGAGCGCCAGCUGGAAUAAGUGCUAUCAAAGGCGAGAAAAGAGCAGAUGGUAGUUGGGAAAGAGAAGUUGCAGUAAUGGUGGCAAGUGUUAUGGGACCACUGGGUCGCUGAAAUAAAUUAUAUAUUCAGCAGAAAAGGAAUAGUCGGUCUAAGACUUCGAAAGAACUUUUGGGUUUCAAGAUAUGGGAGGCAUGCCCAAUAUACUUGCGACUUAGAAACUUAUGGACUCUAGUCAUAAGUCUCUCAAUAUACUAGAGUACCAUCGCUACAAUAGAGGCUCUAAACUCCUGCUUGUGCCAGCUCGAGGUGCAAUAUGAAAGACAGUGGAAGAACAUGUAAGCUAAAGAUAUAUACUUAAACGAGAACCAAGCUUAAAAGCACUUUAUGCCUUCUCUCCCGCAAUAUCGUACAA